CCUACUAUACUCACUCUUUUUGAUCUUCCAUCCAGCUUCAGUUUGUUCACUCUGUCUUGAAAAUCUGUUUUUGAUGUCUUGUUACAGCUGAGCUGCAUUGAGUGCUUUACUUAGUCUUUGUUGAAACGCAAGAGGUCCUUUGGUGCAUGCUCUUCGGCCAGAUCUCAUUGUCUGUGUGCAACUGCAAGUGGAUAAGGCCUUUCUAUUUUCUUGGAGCGUUAGUCCGCAUAUGCAUAGCCGGUGCGAGUUACUGAAACUUUAUAAACUAAUAAACUCGUUGCACCCAACAGCUGACAAAGAAGAAGUGGGAAGCAGUAUUGUACUAGUACUGCAAUUGGACUUGUUCGGUGGUGUCCCAUCCUAUCAGCUACCGGCCAAGCCAUGGACAGUGGACAACAGCAAUCCGUCGAGGAACCCGUCUCAGUGGAGGAAGGUGCUACCAGCAUGGAUCAAGAUUCUGAAGACGGCGCGUUGGCUAACACUGCGGCGUCUCCCCGCGAUGAGGAAGCGGAUGCUAGUCCCGAAUCUCCGGCCGUGUCUGAAGGCGAUGAUGCUGUGUCGCCUGGAUUGGAUGCGAGCAACGCAGCGGAUGGCCCAGGAACUCCGGAAGGAUUUGGUGAAGAUUCACCUGAUCUUGACGAAGCUCUAGGUGCCGAUGAAGAUGACAAUUCUCCCGUCUCUCCUCUCGUUGAGCCGGAAAGUCCUGCUGCUGACGCAGAGGCAGACUCUCCGCCGAUGCCUGACCUAUCCGAUUCAGAGGAUGAGUCUAAGGAUCAAAAUCAACCAGCCUCUCCUGAUCUUGGAGUAGGCACUCCAGAAGCCGAUGACGGUGAUGUUGACAGUCCAGCCUUUCCUGAGUCACCUGUAGAUGAUGCAGACUUGGAUGCAGCUGGUGGCGGGGAAGACAUGGAUCUGGAUGCCGAGAGUCCCAUGGGCCUUGGUUUAGGCUCACCUGAAGCUGGUGAAGAACCCGACCUAACUGAGGACAGGCCAGAAGGUGCAGAUGAUGUCAACGACAAUGAUGACACAGAAACUCCGGCUGCCGCCGGAGCCAAUAACGACCUGAUGGACCAGGCAGAGCA